GGCCUGAUAUGUGUCAUUUUUUGAGGACGCCUUUAAGAUUGAUGACUCCUUGGGGACUGAUACGUCUUUCAAGGUUGAGUUGUCCGUGGUCCCGGUAUGCAAAAUUGAGAAGCUUUGUCAAGGAAGUUACUGAGAUAUGUGAAGGAGAGAGACCUAAAGGAAACUCGAGCAGAGCUUCAAGUCCUCACAGGGUGCUGACAUCUGUCGCCACCAAGGACAGGAGAGGAGACAAGACCAUGUGGCAGUUCUCUGCUCUGCUCUUCCUCUUCCUCCCAGGCGGCUCCACUGCUCAGGAUCCAGUCACAGGUCCAGCAGAGGUGAGAGGUCAGGAGCAGGGCUCCUUGACAGUGCAGUGCAGAUAUAACUCAGGCUGGAAGGAUUACCGGAAGUACUGGUGCCAAGGAGCUUAUUGGAAAUCAUGUGAGAUUCUCGUUGAAACCGAUGCAUCAGAACAGAUGGUGAAGAAGAACCGUGUGUCCAUCAGGGACGACCAGACACGCUUCAUCUUCACGGUGACCAUGGAGGAUCUGAGGAUGAGCGAUGCUGGCAUUUACUGGUGUGGAAUUACGAGAACUGGAAAUGAUCACAUGUUUGAAGUGAAUGUGAACAUUGACCCAGCAGCCUUAGAAACUUCAACUACAGUAAUGACGACUACAGUCACAGUUCCGACAUCCACAUCACCAACCACGAAGUACACCGGCAUGGGGAACACUGGCAGGGAACACGUGACUCAGAGCAGCCCCCUUAUCUGGUUUCUGCUGAGCAGCAUCUCCUUCCAGCUGCUUUUAUUUGUGAUGUUUCCCCUGCUCCUGACCAUGUUCAUUGCUGUCCUGUGGGUCAACAGGCCUCAGAGACACUAUGGGGGAGAUGAAAUUGGCCUGGUGAAGAUCCAUAGCUCUGAUGCCCAAGACAGAGAGAAACACUUCCCAGGAGAUGAAAAAUAAUCUGUCUCUGUCUCUUUCUUCCUCCCCCAUCUCUCUCUCUCUCUCUCUCUCUCUCUCUCUCUCUCUCUCUCUCUCUCUGUGUGUGUGUGUGUGUGUGUAUGUGAGUAUAUGUUGUUAUGGGGCAGAUGUGUGUGUGUAGGACAUCUUCAGGUGUUGUUCCAUCAUUGUUUGAGACAGGGUUUCUCACUGUCCUAGAUCUUUGCAAGAAGACCAGGGAGCUGGCCAGGGAACUCCAGGGAUCUACCUGCCUCCAUUCCCCAUUCUGUCAUUACAAGCACACACAACUGCACUCACUUAAAAAGAAUCAAAGAAACUACGUAGGUUGUAGGGAUUGAACUCAUGUCCUUUUACCCACAAGGAAGGCAAGUGCUUUACCAGCCGAGUCAUCCCCGAGUCUGGAAAUAACUUGUUUUAUUAAAGAAUGACUGGUCAGUAGUUCCAUGGCUCUGAGGUGCUGUGGCCCAGACUCAGACUAAUCCUUCUCCUAUAGCAGGGACAGCUGAAUUCUGGAAUUCAUUCAUGUCCCUCUCUCUCAGAACGUCCCACAUUGCCUACCUGAACCUAUCUUCUACUGAUGGCUUCCAGGGAAGCAGAAAAUACAAGAAAAGGUCAUGUUUCUUCCUUCCCCAGUUCCUUAGAGGACACAGGCCAAUACAAGUGUGUGGGCCAACAGCCAGGUGACUGACCAAAUAUUUGGGAAAUGUGGCCUCACCAAGUGGCAUAAAAUUUGCCACUGUCACACUGGAUGUCUGUGCCUUACACAUGGGACACACCCUGCUUUCUGUUUUUUUUCAACACUACCCAGUAGCUAAGCCCAUCGCAAACAUAAAUGGAGCAGUUGACCUGGUCUCUGUGCCACCUGCAUAGGUCCCCAAGUAGUAGGAUAGUCUUGGAUCCUGAAGUCUAGAUUCUCUGCCCAGUGCGACCAAACAGGAACCUAAGCUGCAGGAAGGCAGAUGGCCUCUCAGGAGUCGUGAACCCACAUCAUCCCACGACCAUUCCAGGGAUGGUCUCUGCAAGGGGAUUCAACUCUCUCCAUUUCAUUCAGAAGCAUCUAUUGAAUGUCUAGGUAUUAGACACCCUCCACAUAUAAGCUCCAAAAUAAGAAAGACCUAAUUAAAGUCACAGAGGAAGCCAAGGGGUUCAAGGGUAAAUGCUCAGGGGGAAAACAGUUGUUCCCAACCCUUCAGCCUCAGCCAUGCUGAGUUAUGUACCAGGAUGCAGCCUUCUCCUCGAGUGAGGCCCUGAUACCCACAGUCAAACUCACGCCUAACACAGAUGUACUCCCACUUAGUGUAAGAAGAGUCCCCAGGUUAGCAUCUUUUCCUUGAUGACAUGUGUUGGGCUCUAGUGAGCUUGCCUCUGUAGAGAGGACAGUUUCCAUUUGCUUCCGGGGUAUAUCUGGCAGUCAGUUGCCCACAUUACCACCAUCUCUCAGAUAAGAUGACCCAGUUAAACUCAGUAGGACACACACACACACACACACACACACACUCACGUCAUGUAAUCAGGAGAGGGGAUCAUUAGAGCCUGUAGGCCAGACAGUGAUGGAGCAUGCCUUUAAUCCCAAUACUCAGGAGGCAGCAGAGGCAGGUGGAUUUCUAAGUUCAAGGCCAGCCUGGUUUACAGAGUGUGUUCUAGGACUCCAAAGAGAAACCCUGUCUUGGGGGGAUAAAACCCUGUCUUGGGGGGAUGUGAUGGUUUGUAUAUGCUCAUCCCAGAGGGUGGCACUAUUAGAAGGUGUGGUCUUCUUGGAGGAAGUGUGUCACUGUGGGGAUGGCUUGCAGACCUUCCUCCUAGAUGCCUGAGCAUGCCCAGUCUGUUCCUGGCUUCCUUUGGAUAAAGAUAUAGAACCUUCUCCUGCCCCAGGCCUGCCUUAAUGCUGUCAUGCUUCUGCCUUGAUGACAAUGGACUGAAUCUCUGAACCUGUAAGCUAGUCCCAAUUAAAUGUUGACAUUUAUAAGA